AUGGAGGACCUGGUGCCGCUGCCGCUGCUGCUGCUGCUGCCGCUCGGCCUCCUGCCGCGCCCGGGCCGCGCCUUCAACCUGGACGCGGACGGCGCCGCCGAGUUCGCCGGGCCCCGCGGCAGCUACUUCGGCUUCGCCGUCGACUUCUUCGUGCCCAGCGCGUCCUCCAGGAUGUUUCUCCUGGUGGGAGCGCCCAAAGCGAACACCACCCAGCCUGGGAUUGUGGAAGGAGGACAAGUCCUCAAGUGUGACUGGUCUGCUCACCGCGGGUGCCAGCCAAUUGAAUUUGACGCAACAGGCAAUAGAGAUUAUGCCAAGGAUGAUCCAUUGGAGUUCAAGUCUCACCAGUGGUUUGGAGCAUCUGUGAGAUCGAAACAGGAUAAGAUCUUGGCCUGCGCCCCGCUGUACCACUGGAGGACUGAAAUGAAACAGGAGAGAGAGCCCGUGGGAACCUGCUUUCUUCAGGACGGAGCGAAGACUGUGGAGUACGCUCCGUGCAGAUCAAAAAAUAUUGAUGCUGAUGGACAGGGAUUUUGUCAAGGAGGAUUCAGCAUUGAUUUUACCAAAGCUGACAGAGUACUUCUUGGUGGUCCUGGUAGUUUUUAUUGGCAAGGUCAGCUCAUUUCAGAUCAAGUGGCAGAAAUCGUAUCUAAAUAUGACCCCAAAGUUUACAGCAUCAAGUAUAAUAACCAGUUAGCAACUCGGACGGCUCAAGCUAUUUUUGAUGACAGUUAUUUGGGUUAUUCCGUGGCUGUCGGAGAUUUUAACGGCGAUGGCGUAGAUGACUUUGUUUCAGGUGUCCCGAGAGCGGCGAGGACUUUGGGAAUGGUUUAUAUUUAUGAUGGGAAAAACAUGUCGUCCUUGCACAACUUCACCGGUGACCAGAUGGCUGCAUAUUUUGGAUUUUCUGUUGCUGCCACUGACAUUAAUGGGGAUGAUUACGCAGAUGUGUUCAUCGGAGCGCCUCUCUUCAUGGAUCGUGGUUCUGACGGCAAACUCCAAGAGGUGGGGCAGGUUUCCGUGUCUCUGCAGAGAGCUUCGGGAGACUUCCAGACGACCAAGCUGAACGGGUUUGAGGUCUUUGCCAGGUUCGGCAGUGCCAUCGCCCCUCUGGGCGACCUGGACCAGGAUGGCUUCAAUGAUAUUGCGAUUGCUGCACCGUAUGGGGGUGAAGAUCAGAAGGGACUUGUUUAUAUUUUCAAUGGAAGACUAACAGGCUUGAACGCAGUCCCAUCUCAAAUCCUGGAAGGGAAGUGGGCUGCUCGGAGCAUGCCGCCCAGCUUCGGCUACUCAAUGAAAGGAGCCACGGACAUAGACAGAAAUGGAUAUCCAGACUUAAUUGUAGGCGCUUUUGGUGUAGAUAGAGCUGUGUUAUACAGAGCCAGACCAGUUAUAACCGUCAAUGCUGGCCUUGAAGUAUACCCUAGCAUUUUAAAUCAAGACAAUAAAACCUGCCCACUCCCUGGGACAGAGCUCAAAGUUUCCUGUUUUAAUGUCAAGUUCUGUUUAAAGGCAGAUGGCAAAGGAGCACUUCCCACGAAGCUUAACUUCCAGGUGGAGCUUCUUUUGGAUAAACUCAAGCAAAAAGGAGCAAUUCGACGAGCACUGUUUCUCCAUAACCGGUCUCCAGGUCACUCUAAGAACAUGACUAUUUCAAGGGGAGGACAGAUGCAGUGUGAGGAACUAGUAGCUUAUCUGCGGGAUGAAUCUGAAUUCAGAGACAAACUCACCCCGAUUACUGUUUUUAUGGAGUACCGGUUGGAUUACAGAACGGCUGCGGAUGCGACAGGCUUGCAGCCCAUUCUUAACCAGUUCACUCCGGCCAACGUCAGUCGACAGGCCCAUAUUCUGCUAGACUGCGGUGAGGACAACAUCUGCAAACCCAAAUUGGAGGUUUCCGUAGAUAGUGAUCAAAAGAAGAUCUACAUCGGGGACGACAAUCCUCUGACCCUGAUCGUCAAGGCCCAGAAUCAAGGAGAAGGUGCCUACGAAGCUGAGCUCAUCGUGUCCAUCCCCCCGCAGGCUGAUUUCAUCGGGGUCGUCCGCAAUAGCGAAGCCUUAGCGAGACUUUCCUGCGCAUUUAAGACGGAAAACCAAACCCGCCAGGUAGUAUGUGACCUUGGAAACCCAAUGAAGGCUGGAACUCAACUCCUAGCUGGGCUUCGUUUCAGUGUGCACCAGCAAUCAGAGAUGGAUACUUCCGUGAAAUUCGACUUACAAAUCCAAAGCUCCAAUCUCUUUGACAAAGUAAGCCCAGUUGUGUCUUACAAAGUUGACCUCGCUGUCUUAGCUGCUGUUGAGAUAAGAGGAGUCUCCAGUCCUGAUCAUAUCUUUCUUCCAAUUCCAAACUGGGAGCAUAAGGAGAACCCUGAGACUGAAGAAGAUGUUGGGCCAGUUGUUCAGCACAUCUAUGAGCUGAGAAACAACGGCCCAAGUUCAUUCAGCAAGGCAAUGCUAAAUCUUCAGUGGCCUUACAAAUAUAACAAUAACACUUUGUUAUACAUCCUUCAAUAUGAUAUUGAUGGGCCAAUGAACUGCACUUCGGAUAUGGAGAUCAACCCUUUGAGAAUUAAGAUCUCAAAUUCGCAAACCGAAAAGAAUGACACCGUUGCUGGGCAAGGUGACCGGAACCAUGUCAUCACCAAGCGGGAUCUCACCCUCCGUGAAGGAGACGUUCACACUUUGGGUUGUGGCAUUGCUGAGUGCCUGAAGAUCGUCUGCCAGGUUGGACGGCUGGACCGAGGAAAGAGUGCCAUCUUGUAUGUGAAGUCCCUGCUGUGGACGGAGACCUUUAUGAACAAAGAAAACCAGAACCAUUCAUAUUCUCUGAAGUCAUCUGCUUCUUUCAAUGUCAUUGAAUUUCCUUAUAAGAACCUUCCAAUUGAGGAUAUCUUCAACUCCACAUUAGUUACCACUAACGUCACCUGGGGCAUCCAGCCCGCACCCAUGCCCGUGCCCGUGUGGGUGAUCAUUUUAGCGGUGCUGGCGGGAUUGCUGUUGCUGGCUGUCCUGGUGUUUGUGAUGCACAGGAUGGGCUUUUUUAAACGUGUCCGGCCACCGCAGGAAGAGCAAGAAAGGGAACAGCUUCAACCUCAUGAAAAUGGCGAAGGAAACUCAGAAACUUAACGGUCAUUUUUAAGUCAUGCUACGCUCUGACCCGUCAGAGUUUCCGACUUCAUCAUAGGUUUCAGUUUCCUUUGCGAGGAAUAAAAAUUCCAAGACUGUACUGCUGACGGUGCCCGUUGGUGUUAACCACACAACAAGGGCAAUGGGUGUCAACUUUUUUGUCAUUACUAAGUUCAAACGUACGUGUAAUACACACCACUGACUUGCGUUUUUAGGUAUUUAAAUAAUGAAAUUUUAAGCAAUAGUCGUUCUUCAAUGUACAUAAGACAAGGAGCACCUGAGUUACCACUUUCUAUAAGAUAGGACCUCCUACGAUGAUUAUUUCUGAUUUUGUGUGAUUUUGUGUGUUGUUGCUUUUGUGGUUUUAAGGCAAUCCAUAUUUGGACCUUAGGAGCCACAUCUUUUGUACAGGAGCUUACUGUUAAUACACAUUACACUACAGUUGAGUUUUUAAGCUACUAACUUUAUAACUGCAUGAACUUGGAUUUUAAUAUUACCUGUGUCGUAGAACUUUAAAAAAAAAAAAAGCAUGAUCCAUCCAGGUUCUUUCCUGUAAUAGCAAAGGUAUAGUAUUUUAAUAUGAAAGUUGGGUACAUGCUAUUGUGUUUUUAUUUUUGUUUAAUCCACUCCAUUUCCUUACAUUUCAGUUUGUAUACGUUUAGGUUCUAUUUCAAAUCCUUUAAGCCAACCUAUACUAAAAAUUCUAUGAUCAAAAAUGCCUCUUUUGUGUAAUAGUUUUAAUUUCCGCUACUCAUCAUCAUGCUUAAAGCCAUAUGCGUUUGGAAAUCAUUUCUGAAGUACAGAAAUUCCAUUGUAUUAGUCUGGCUAUCUGCAAUACAAAAAAAAAAUAUAUAUAUAUAUAUAUCAUUUAAGUUAAAAGACUGUAGUUCUUUGAUAGACUUGCUUAUUAAUCGUACGCUCUUAGAGCAAGAAUUUUGAGUCUAGAUUAAUUUAUUUUCUUCCUAUAUAUGUAAUCUUCCUUAUUAUCUCUAAAACUUUACUGAGAAUGGGUUAAGAUCAAUGAAGAAUCUUUAUAAUGUGCAGGAACCUGCACCCGACCUCCAACCCCAUGAGAAAUGCGUGGAAUUGAAAUUCUUAAAGUAGCUUGCUGGUUUGCUUCCGGCAAUAAUAGCAUGAUGCUCACACGGACAUUACCUUAGCUUAGCAAGGGUAUCAUCUGUAAAACCAGUCUCAGCUACCAAAAUAACGUAGAGUAGUGACUUUUAUAAGCAAUACAAGUUAUUGGGAGCCUUUUAAAACUUUUAUAGUUUUAUUAACAUAAAUUACUUUUUUAGAAUUUUUAUAUAACAGCUGCACAGGUAGCACAUUGUAAUUUUAUCUGCCUGGAGGGUGAUGAUUCUUCUAGAGGAAUAAUGUGAUUUAGUCACAGUUCCUCAAGGUCUGGGAACGACUAUUAAUUAUACCUAUUUUUGUGCAAUUACAUCAUGUUGUGCUUUAGAAAUUGAGAGUUUAAUAGGUUUUUAACUGCUGUCCUCAUUAGGCAAGGAUAAAUAUUUCCCUUAAAUAAUUGAAUAUUUUUCUAUGAUUUAAAAAUAAUUGAAAUUUAUCGUGCCAUGUCUUGUGUUCGAAUUCCUCACACAAGGGGCUAAGCUAGAAUAUAUUUGUAAAACAGAGGAACGUGAGUUAUAUACGUUAGAACGUGACAAGACCCUGUAUUCAGCUUAGAUGAAUUUCAAAAUUAAUAGAUUUUGUAGCAUAGGUUUUGCUAGUAGCUCAAAAGAUCUUAGUCAUAUGCAAUAACUAUUUUUAUUACCAGUAAGUCUAAAGUUUUUUAAGAAAAAAUAUUUUUAUCCUAGGAUCUUCACCAAACAGUCACUAAGUUGACGACUUUCACUUUAUACCUGUUUCCCCACUGAAUGGUAGUCAUCCCUGAAAGUAGAUGUUGGAUAGAAAUCCACUCUUCACAAGAAAUGUUAGUUUGCUUUUGCACGGUCUGUUCCUCCUGUGGCCUGUAGCUCAAGGUAUAAUCAUGUGUGGGAGACUGAAGGAUAUUGGUGUUGGAAGCAUGAUGUUUUAAGUUCCCUUUUAUGAAAUGUAGUUUUGAGCAAUAGUAUUUUCUUUUAAAAAAUGAAAACGUGUAUCUCUACGGAACUAUGGUAGAAGUAUGAUUUGGAAGCUUACACUUCGAGGAAAAUGUUUGGGAAAAAAUGUUGGGAUUAUUUUUACCCCAAAGCAGCAUGUGAACGUAUUUGGUUAAAAACGUCAAGCAACAGUUCUAUGAAAACUUACAAUUUUCAAACAUUUUUAACAUUUUUAAAUACUACUGUGUUUGUGAUUCAUUGAGAUUUAAAAUGCAUUUUGAGUAAAAUUUGAAUAACCUGAUGAGUCUUAAAAAACAGUAUUUAAAGCAUGUAAUAUUGGUAAGAAAUAUUGAUACUCUUGUCAAUUUCUCACGUAGGCAUUUAUUCCAGAAUUGAUAGCUUGAGAGAGGGAUACUCUUUCCCUCUUUGCCCCUUUAUCUUUCUCUUGUAAUGAAUCAUUAUUAUAAUCGUCAUAUAGGUCUUCAUAAUUCCAAAGUGUAAAACAGUUAAAACUUGCGUCCCACAGUCUUACCUGUGUUCUGGAACUACUGCUUCGUAGCGAAUUUUCACCAAUACUUCAUAUAAAGUGAAAAUGUAAGCAUUUGUAGAAGAGACUGCCCUUCUACCGGCUUCCUAAGAGGGCCACGGAAGGUUUGUGACGGUUAGUGAUGGCCCCGAGGGAGAGUUAAGUGGCAAAAGUAGAGCAUAUAAGAGAUCAGCUACUUUUUAUAAGGCGACCUCCGAGGUGAUAGACGGUCCGGUGUCGCGUGCCAACCUCGGAGAAGAGGAAGGCCUUCUUGAAACCCGGGUACGACCUUCACCGAUCUUAAUGUCACUUUGUCUGUACCCUUGGGUGGUUUGUAUGUGCGGUUAGUUUGGUCAACAACAAAUGUGAAAUUCAAAAAUUGAUUAUAGGCUCAAAAAAGGCAAAAAUAAAUAAAUAAAUAAAUAAAUAAAUAAAUAAAUAAAUAAAUAAAUAAAUAAAUAGAUAAAUAGAUAAAUAGAUAAAUAACCUAAUGCUCAGUGUUUUGGAGACCAGCCCUUUUACCUUGUCGGUCAGCUAGCUUGAACAACACACCCCAGGCCUCUACGCUUGUAUUUCAUUGCGAUUUCUGAUUUGUAAUGAACUUCUUGGGGGAGGCGUCAAGUCCUUGAUUUCUGUUGUCAUUGUUCUCAAGUGCAAUAUAACAAUAUAACCAAACCUCGUGCAUUUUCAGAGUCGCUGUUAACGUAGUAAACCUAAACUAAACAGAUUCAUUAAAAUUUUGGUUCGUAGGAAGGAGUGAUUCUGCUAUGGAUGAACGAAUGAAGUUACUUACCCCUAAGAGGUGCGUUCUACGCUUUAUUCCAGGGCAUGAACUAUUACCUACUAGUUUUGAAACACUUUUGAAAUAUCUUGAAGUGGCCUGGAAGCUAUAUAUAUAUAUGGAAUUAACUUGCUGCCUAAUAACAUAGAAAGUGGUUUUCUUUGUUUAGCUUCUCUUAUGAUCACCCACAUUGGGUGAGACCUAAAGCGCGCGUCUUCUAAAACUUGUCAUUUGCUGACUUGACUGGAGUUAGUGAAAACCGGUACGGCUUCGUUUCCACUGUGUAGCUUGUGUCUGUUCAAUAAACUUGAGCAUAUGGUGCCA